AUGACAGAACACAAACCAGAAAAGAAAGUGUGUGUAUUUUGCGGUUCUUCCUUUGGCGUGGAUCCCAACUUCUCUAAGAGUGCUUCGGAGUUAGGAGUUCUGCUCUCUAACAACAAUUACGGAUUGGUUUAUGGAGGAGGCACCACCGGAUUGAUGGGAUGCGUGGCAAAAGCUGUUGCUUCGAACGGUUCGUAUGUUCAUGGAAUUAUUCCGGAAGCAUUGGUUUCGAAGGAAAGAAAGAAUCUUGACGAAAUCAAGAAGAUGAACGAAGAAUUAAAGGAAUCCGUUGAAAAUCAUCGUGGUGCUACCCCAUUAGAUGAUAGCUACGGCAAAACAACUAUCGUUCCAGAUAUGCACACGAGAAAAAGGAUGAUGGCUCAAGAAGCUGACGGAUUUGUGGCCAUGCCCGGUGGAUUCGGUACUCUUGAAGAAGUUAUGGAGAUUACUACUUGGUCCCAACUUGGAAUCCAUGCUAAGCCAAUUGUUCUAUUCAAUAUUGAUCAUUUUUACGAUGAAUUUAUCGGUUUCUUGGGUAACUGUGUUGCUAAAGGAUUCAUUUCUCCUGAGAAUGGAACCAUCAUCUCUGUUGCUACCACUCCGGAGGAGGUUAUUUCAAAGCUUCAGAGCUACAAAGUUCCCGAGGGAAGGUUCAAUUUAAGCUGGAAGAAUCAGUAA